AUGUCGUCGUCGGCACCCGCACCGCAGUACCCCCAGAACCUCUACGUGCCUAAUGGCAGAAUCAAGUCCGAGAACGGUUCCGAGCGUGGUGUCUCACCUCACCCCUCGGACCCUUCGUCGCGUUACUCAUCUCAAGCUCCUCCCGCCAUCCAUCCCGCCGCCUAUCCUCCUCAAGGCAUGAACAGCCUCGCUCCUGGCAUGCGCUAUCCUUCGCCUUCGCAGCUGCACCAGCAGAUGCCUCUGAUUCAACACAGCUACCACCCCGCGUCGAACGACCCGGCAUACGCCCAACCACCAAUGAACACAGCCCCUCCACCAGUUCAAGAUACACAGCCUCAGCAGGAGGGCACCCAGCGUAGCACCGGUAGCGGCUUGCCCAAGGCCUUUGCGUGCUCUACUUGUGGCAAGGGGUUUGCUCGCAGGAGCGAUCUCGCCAGACACGAGCGCAUUCACAGCGGAGUUCGUCCUCACGUUUGCGACUACCCAGGCUGUGGAAAGCAGUUCAUCCAGCGUUCGGCCCUCACUGUACACUCUCGUGUUCACACCGGAGAGAAGCCUCACAUGUGUGAGCGCUGCGGCAAGCCCUUUAGUGACUCUUCGUCCCUCGCACGUCACCGCAGAAUUCAUUCUGGCAAGAGACCUUACAAGUGCCCAUACGCCGACUGCCAGAAGACUUUCACGCGUCGUACCACCCUCACGCGUCACCAAAACCACCACACCGGUACUAUUGAGGAGUCAGCCGCUGCUACUGCCGCCGCUCUGGCUUCGCGUGCCUCUAUGCAGACGCGUGGAUCGCGUUCGGACGGAGAAGAAUACUCGGAGAACAAGUCGCCGCUGCCUACCCCCUCCCCUCAUGACCGUCCUGUCUCGGUCUCACCUGCUGGUGGCAUGAACGGCGUUGCUGCUCUUCAGCGUUCGACGUCCGACUACUACAUGAACGCUAUCAACGGCGGUAUGACAAUGCCUCCUCAUAUGCGCAACGAGAUGGCCACCCAUAGCCCGAGAUCCGCCUCCCCAGCCAACUCUCACUACUCGAUGCCCAGCUCGGCCAGCCAAGCUCGCCAGCCACUGACUUCUCACCCUGGUGCAUACCCCCUUCCUUCAACUUUGGAGCCGCCCACUACCAACACCCCAAGCCAGAAUGGCAGCGUUGGUGGCAGCCCCCACAUGGGUGGUUCCGGCUGGCAGUCGCCCGCUCAUCAAUCAAUCGGGGGUGCACAGCAGGCAGACUAUUCGUACCCUGAUCCCAACACCCAGCAGUACGUUCAAAACGCACAGAACCUGUAUUAUCAGAACCAGAACAUGCGUCGCCCUCAGAGCACAGAUCCCAUGGACCCUUACCAUGCCCAGCGCAUUGGCCACGUGGGUCAGGAACUCUGGGCCCAGCACCCGCAAUAA